AUGCCAACUGAACAUGAUGCUGUUGUUAGAUUGACUAAGGAAUUAGAUGGUAUAAAUUUGCAUAGCGCGCCGGAUAUCGUGAGGGAGCACCAAAAGAAGUCAUUCAACUGGAAAACUAAUUCUGUUUCAUCAUUGGGGAAUAUGUCUUUACAACAAUCAGAAAACCAUAUCAAUGGACACCCUAAAUUUACACGUGUUUCAUAUACCUCUUUUUCGCAUAGUGGCAUGCAUAAAUUUCCCGCGAAACCGCCAAGAGAUAUAUUUCAUGAAAGUAAGGAAGUAGCUCUAUUCACAAAUGGCCAGGCUUAUACCACUGUACGCAAAGAUAUUCUACCAAAUUUAAAAGGAGAUAUUGCUGAAUUGUGUGAAAGGUCGCUUCUCGAUGCAAGAGAACGGAAACUUCCGUAUUUGGGUCAUGACUUAUUUGCUAAUAUUGGGCAGUUCGUUCCAAUGACAAUAUCCGAGCUAGAUAGUAUAUUACCGUGUAUUUCAUACAUUGAGAACUGGCGACUAAAUAAUCAUGGUGAAGAUUUUAAGAUUGGAAGGAAAUUUACGGUUGUGACCACAAGACAUCAUAUCGUGGAUAUGACUAUGCACCUUUUUGACAGACGAAAUAAAAAAAGGUCACUGGUUGCCACGUAUAUGGGGGCAGGUCUGAUUUCUUUUUCUAGAAACCAAAAAAAUGAUUCCCGAAUGUCUAAAGAGGGCAUUUAUUCAAGUGAUCCAAAUAUGAAGAAAAUUUGCUACUCAGGAUUUGAGUUUGAAAAUUGGGUAACUGAGGGCAUUAAAGCUGCUGAUUUAAAUGGCUCAAAACUUCCUGUUUUUUCUGUUGUAGAAAGUAAACUUUCAGAAGAAAUUGGUCUUUUAAUUCGUUGCGAAAUGGAUGCAUUCAAUCCUGUUUCGGGAGCAAACACAGAAUUAAAAUGUUUUGCCCCAUUAUCAAUGCAUAACUCUAAUCAUAGAAGAAAACUUCUGAAAACAUGGAUACAGACAGGUUUAUCACCUAACUCCGAUAUCAUGAUAGGUCUAAGAGAUAGCCACAGUGGUCAAUUAUUAGAUAUUCAAUGGUACUCAAGGGAUUCACUAUGUAUGAAGUUCAAUCAUUCAGGUUUACCUUCGAAUAAAAGGGAACUUAAUUAUAAUGCCAAAGUUGCGGUGGAAUGGUGUAAUCACUGUAUCAAAUCAAUUUGUGAGCUGCUGGGAGCAAACAUCUCUGACUACAGCUGUAAAAACCCGGAAUCAUUUGAAAUCAGUAUAGAUUCGAACAACACUAUCGCCAUCACUAAACUUAAAAAUAUUCCAAAACAUGUGGAACUAUUUGGAACCUCGAUACAUGUUUAA